AUGCGGGCUCCCUUCGUGGCAGGCUUUGCAACGGCCUUGCUGGCUGUUCCCACCUUUGGCUACGAGGUGCAGACGCCGCCACUGGACACGGAUUGGACCUACACCGUCGGCGAGAACCCCUGGCCCGAGCAUCCGCGGCCGCUGCUGCAGCGAGACUCGUGGCAGAGCCUCAAUGGCAUCUGGAAGUACCGGCCCGCGUCCGACGGCGAGGGCAAGAUUGCGCCCGUCAACGAGACGCUCACCCAGGAUGUGCUUGUGCCCUCUUGUCUCGAGAGCGCCCUCUCUGGAGUCCAGGCUCUUAAUGUGACCUACUCCUGGUGGACCCGAGACUUGGACGUUCCGCACGAGUGGUGGAACAAUGGCCGCGUCCUGCUCAACUUUGAAGCCGUCGACUAUGAGGCCACGGUUUUUGUCAACGGCCAAAACGUCGGUACGCACACGGGCGGAUAUUGGCAUUUCACCUAUGAUGUGACCGACUUCCUCAAGCGAAAUGGCACGAACAAACUUGCAGUGUUUGUUUUUGACCCUACGGAUAUUGAUCCGGCAACCUGGAAUAUCCCCGUAGGCAAGCAAACUCGCAAUCCAGGCCACAUUUUUUACCGUUCCUGCACUGGUAUCUGGCAGACGGUCUGGAUGGAAAAUGUACCAAACACUUAUAUCAGCGGUCUGGACAUUGCUGCUGGAAUGGACGGUCAAGUCGACAUUACUGUGAAUGUGACGACUGCGGGUACUUAUCCCGAAGGCGGGACAAGCGCCAGCAUAUCCGUCAUUGAUGCAGAUGGUAAUGAGGUUGGUUCAUACGAGGGCGCAGCGAACCAAGCCCUCAGCUUCACGGUCGACUCUCCAGAUCUCUGGUCCCCCGACUCGCCCACUCUGUACAACCUGACCAUUACGGUAGGCGAUGAUGAGGUCUCGAGCUAUACGGGAUUCCGAACCAUCUCCAAAGGUGAAGUCAACGGCAUCCUCCGGCCGUUGCUGAACGGCGAGUUCUUUUUCCAUUUUGGCACACUCGAUCAGGGAUUCUGGCCCGACGGCAUUUAUACGCCUCCCAAUAGGGAAGCCAUGGUCUAUGACUUGCACUACCUCAAGAGCCUUGGAAUGAACAUGCUUCGGAAACAUAUCAAAGUAGAGCCAGCUCUAUUCUACCGCGCAUGCGAUGAGUUGGGCAUCUUGUUGAUUCAGGACAUGCCGUGCCUCUAUCCCAAGGACUCUGACAAUGUUUUCCCAAAUGCUGCGCAGCAAGCUGAAUUUGAACGACAAUUUGAUAUCCUCAUCAACCAGCACAAAUCCUAUCCCAGCAUUUACACAUGGGUCAUUUAUAAUGAGGGUUGGGGUCAAAUCAAUGACGGGUCUCUCCCUGAAGCUAGAUUGACAGCCAGGGCAAAGGAACUGGACCCUACAAGAUUGAUUGAUGCCACCACCGGUUGGUGGGACCAUGGCGUUGGCGACUUCUCGGAUAACCACCACUACGCCAACCCUCAAUGCGGAACACCAUUUUACAGUAUUCGCUCGUCGCCCUAUGACCCAUCGAGAAUUGCCCUCCAGGGAGAGUUUGGUGGCAUUGGACAGAACCUGUCUAUUGAGCACUUGUGGAACGUCGAGUUUGCCAUUAAUCACAUUAAUGAAACCUAUGAGCUCGAUGCCGACUUGGACGCCUACAACUACCGAGCGCAUCUCCUGCUCGACGAACUCCGCCAACAAACCGAAUACUAUGCCUGCAGCGGAGCCGUCUGGACCCAGACCACUGAUGUCGAAGGAGAGGUCAAUGGACUAUUGUCAUAUGACCGAAGAAUCGAACGUCCGUACUCUGAUCAGUGGAAGGCUGAUAUUCAAGCUCUGUACGAUACUGCCAAGGCAAAGGCUGGUGGUGGCAACGCGACGAUUGAGAUGAGCUGA